ACACUGUGCGAAGAGCACGUGAAGCAGCAGAAGGCCUUGUGUUUCAUUUCAUUUCUUUCCUUCUAUAAACCCUCUGAGAAGCGGCACAAACUUCUUACAGAGGACCGAGCCUUUCCAUUAGACCACUACUCCGUGGAAUCUCAGAUCCAUCUGCAAGGACUAAAUCCUGACGACAGCAUGCUGCUCAUUAAACCCAGACAGGGUGAAAACAUCAUCAGAACGGAGGAUAUGGUGUCGGUCAUCGAGCGUGAGGGUGACGCUGUGGCUCUGGUGAUGCUCAGCGCUGUGCAGUAUUACACCGGUCAGUUCUUCAACAUGGAAACCAUCACAAAAGCAGCGCACGCUAAAGGGUUGUUUGUGGGAUUUGAUUGUGCUCACGCUGUAGGAAACGUUGAGCUGUGUCUUCAUGACUGGGAUUUGGAUUGUGCGUGUUGGUGUUCAUAUAUGUAUGUGAAUGCAGGAGGUCUGGCAGGUGCUUUUAUUCACGAGAAACACACACACAAGAUCAAACCAGCGCUUCUGGGCUGGUGGGGACAUGACCUGAAAACCAGAUUCCUCAUGAACAACUAAAUGGAGCUUCAGCCGAGUGUUAAUGGAUGUCUGUCAAACCAGCCGUUGUUACUGGUGUGUCCCUACAGGCCAGUUUAG